AUGUCUUCUUGGGAACAAAUCGUUGCGGAUGCGGAGUCAAUGUUCUCCGCUCGCGUUCUUCCUCUACCGACGCCUUGUACUCCAACCGCCGUUGUGUCUUCUUGGGAACAAAUCGUCGCGGAUGCGGAGUCAAUAUUCUCCGCUCGCAUUCUUCCUCUACCGACGCCUUGUACUUCAACCGCCGUUGUUCCAGAAAACAUCAAACCUUGUGUAACUUGCGGUAAAAACAGUUUGCAAUCAAUCGAAUGCGGUCAUUUUGUCUGUUCCGCUUGUAUAUUGGAAAGGUUAGUUUUUGAUUUUCAAAAACAAAAGUUUACCUUCAAGUAUUUUCAGAUUUCUAGAUGGAUUGGAAUCCUGUGCAGUUUGCAAGGUGAGCAUUUUUUAAAUACCGAUGAAAAUCUGAAAUUUUCAGCCACAAAUUACCACGAAACAAUACAAAUGUUCAGAAGAAAAUUGUGAAGUGAUGGAUGUUGAGAAAAAGUUGGUUUUUAUUGCAAAAUUUCUUACCUAACAAAGUAAAAUUGAUUUUUCAGUCUGAACAUUUGCUCAACUUGCACUCCACCUAAAACCCUGGAAGGUUUGGAGCAGCUUAUCUCAUCAGCUUUAUGCUCAACUUGUGCAUUGCGAAAACAUUCGAAAAUGUCGCAUGAGAUUAUCGAUUUUUCGCCGAUUCUCGUCAAAAUGCAAAGUUUAUCCAUGCAAAAUGUGAUUCGCCAGAAAAACGAGGAAAAUUUGAAGAUUAUUGAUUUUGCGAGAUUUGAAAGUUUUGUGAAUAUGCAAAAUCAGUUGAUCGAGAAAUACACGGAACAUCUGGAAUAUUGUGGAGAUUCGGUUGAGCAAAGGAAAAUAUUCGAAAAUCUUGAGAAACACAUCGAAAAUGUUGGUUUUUUGGGGGCUUUUUCAUCUCAAAAUUUUUUGAAUUUUCAGUCAAAAAAUGCACGAUAUCGCAUGCAACACUUAAUGACUAACGAAAUUUCGCAUAUUUCGGGAAAUAUUCAGACACUUUUACGACAACUUUCAUUAGAAGAAGUUCCAGCGAAAAGAGUGUGUCGUGAAAAAAUUUGA